CGGCCACCGCGGACGCGCCGCAGCCGCCCCCCGCCAUCGUGAAGCAGCUGCACCAGCUGACGGCGCUGAGCCUGCUGCAGAACUCGCAGCCCGUGACGCACCCCAGCCCGUGCGUCGGCAGGACCUACAACUACCAGAAGAAGGAGAACGUCGUCAGCAGAUUGGACCAAGUGGAACGUCGGCGGAGAGAGAUGCAGCAGAAGCGGCUGGAGACCCGGUCCAGGCAGAAGCAGCCCCGGUUUGUCAAGCAGCGCGCCAGGCAGGACUUGGUACACCGCCACCCCGCCCUGGCGGUGGCCCUGCCGGUGGCGUCGGCCCAGGGCAGCAACGGCCUGCCUCUGGAGGGAGCCGCCCUGACGGACGAGUCGGACUCCGACUCGGAGGAGUGGUGGGACGACCCCAAGUUCGACGUCCUGGUGACGUCGGGACCGCCCACACCGCUCCACGCUCCUCUGGAGAAGCUGGACUUCCUCGGCUACUUUGGCCUGACCACCAUCGACAGACGCCAGUAUUUAGAACUUCAAAGGCUCCUCAACGGCUCUGACAGAAUGGCUUCUGCCCUUCUGGAAGACUCGGACGACCAUCUGGAGCAGUCGGCGAAUGGCUUGCUGCUUCCUCUUCCAACCCAUCCUCCAGAAGUGGUUUGCGGAGGCACAGACUAUCCAAGCAAAGUACAGUUCUUAAGGGAAUUGGAGCUGAAAACCACCACCCGACGGGAAAGAGAAGAUUCUGAAACAUAUUGGAUUGCCUGUGAGGGUGAAAAAUCAAGACGAGGAAGUAAUUGUAAAAUUGCCAAGUACCUUUUGACAUACCGAGAAUCUCAAAAGAAGAGAUCCAAACAAAAUUCCGUCCUUGCUUCUCAACGAGACUUCUGCAAGCCAGUUGCAUCUCGACAUGUUCCGUCCAUCUGUGAUAAGCUGCUUGGGUUGUCAUUCUCUGGAAUGGGUGUAUCUGCUUCAUCUCCGCAAUCGUACUUACCGCUUGUCAGGUCUGCACUGCCCUGUGUACUUGACGUUGUCCUUCCUGCCAUGCUGAGCCAGCCCAACGGCGAGCCUCCUGAGUCUGAUUCAGAGAGUUCUGCAGAAGACGCUGACAAUAAAGAAGAUGAACAAUGGCCUGGCAUUGAGGCAAUAUUUAGUUCAUAUGUUAACUACCAUAAACGGACGAAUAUUGAACUCUCAGUACUCCGCUCUCACAUGUCCAUGUUAAAAGAGCAGGUUUCACAAAAAAACAAUGAAUUUAAUGCUCUAGAGCAGAGAUUGAAAGAUUUAACAUUGAUCAAGACAUCACAAGAUGUAGAGCGAAUGAGGUUGCAAAAUUGUUUAGAUAGCUUAUCAAGCUACUUGAAUGGACUGAAGACUAACUUACGGUAUAAGAAACCUUGUUGAAGGAUUUAUUGCGGGUAGCCGUUUCUGGAAAUCUUUUAUGUGUAUGAUGAUAAGUCUUGCAAAACAGAUUUGCAUGUGACUGAUUCAGGGAUCAACAGAUGUUGGUUUCCAAGCCAAAUGGUUGAUUUGGUCCUUAUAUUAAUUGCUUACAGCCAUAGGGUGAGGGAUGUGAUACUGUUCGAUGAGUUAAUAUAAACCAUGUACCUGAGAAGUAAUAUGAUGAAACCAUUUAUCUUUCAAUUCUAGCAUGGUUCUAAGGUCCCUUAAAAUGCUUGAGUGUUUUUUUCCAUAAAAUGUGAUUGCUUUAUUAGACACUUUUAGAGAUGUGUGGUCUCUAUUUACCAUUUUGUCAAGUAAAUGCUGUGCCCACCUACUACACAUAUAAUGUAUGUGAAAUAGCUGGCCAAAUUUCCCCUUUAACUAAAAACUAGAAUCAUGCUGGCAUUGGUAGAUUUUAUGUUCUUUUUAUAAUUAUGAAUGUUCAAUAUUGAGUACUGGUCUGCUCUCUGCAGCCGUUUCCCUGUACAAUAAAUCGCGCUCUUCAAAUUUAUUGGUUGAACCUGGAUUUGGGAUCAUUACAGAUCAUUGAUGAAUCGAAUGAAAUCAUACUUUAUUAUAAUGGGGAAAGCUGACAAGUUCAGUGUGUAAUUGCUGAUGCAUUUUCAAAACAAUUAUUUAUUGAUAAUAUGUCGACUCCAAACUGUCGGCAUCAAAUGCUGUGAUAUCUCUCGUUUCCUUUACACUAAUUUUUACUUGAGGGGAGUUCACCAUUCAUAUUUUUACCAUUUUUUUUUAAUAGAAGGCCAUGGAUAUGUUCCUUCUGUUUUAUUAUUUUUUAAGUAAGCUUUUGGUGAGAAUAUGGUGGAUAGUCAAGAGAGUUUAUGUGCAACUUUCCUUUGUUUUGAGUACCAUCUUUUAGUUUUGUGCUCUGGCAGGCUUUUUAGUGCCGACCAAGCCUAGUCUUGUAUUUAUUCCAUGCCGCGGUCGGAGCUCCCUGUGUCCCUGUCCUCCCUGUUCCUUUUUGUUUUGUGCUGCUCCAAAGCACAGUGUGAUGACCCAAGGAAAAAUUCCAAUCACAGGAAGUUUCUAUAAUGUCCUAAUAAAUUUUUUUUAGAAAUUUUUUUAAAUACUAGUGUUUGGGUCCUAACAUGACUUACUGUUGUUUUCUUCUUUGUGUUUUUACCUUUUCUUUUGGAGGAUGUAUUUGUGUACUAGAGGUUAUUUCAUGUUGUAGUUCAUUUGUUUCAUGACUGUGAGGUGGCCUUAUUUGGUUUUGUUCUCAUGUUUUCCAUUUAUCUCAUUUUCCAUCUAUUUUAAAAGUGACCAUUCAAUGUGCAUGAAUUUUGUGAAACGUGUCUGAAUGUUUUAAAGUUUCACUCUUUUUUUUUUUAAUUAAAAAGGAAUAAUGAAUCUUUUUAUUAGUUACUAUGUGCUGUUACUGUUAAAUUUGCAAUUUCGUCUAAUUAGGGAUAAUAUUGUGCAACCUGUUUUGUUGUUUAAAGUAUUUUAUGCAGAAAGAAAUUAAUUCAGCACAUUGUGUCCUGGUGUAUUGUUUCACCAUCCUGAUGAAACUACUCCAAUUAAAAUUAGGUGAAAUGUCAGUGUGCAUUUGUUAACCUCUUUGACAUGCUCAGUUCUCAUGUAUUGAAUGUAGUGGUCACUAAACUUGUGCCAAUUAAUAUCAGAAACGGCAGUAGUUUCCGUUAGGAGGGUCAUGUGAAAGAAAUUUUGACCAUUUUGUGGUUGUUUACCUGCUUUUAGCUAUAAAAACUAAUGGUGAUAAACAUUUUGUUUAGUUAACAUUUUAAUUUUAGAGGAAGUGAAUUGGUGUAACAUGCCACUUGUGUGUAGAUUAUGAAAUCAAGACAACGCAAUAUUACUUAAUUCUAAUUCACCAUAAAUUCCUGACAUCAAGUUGGCAUUUUCCCUUCUUAAUUUUGUAACUACUAUAGUGAGACUUUGGCUCUCAUCUUCAUGUAUGGUAACAGAACAUCCUCUUCUUUGCCCAUGUUCAUACCAAAUAAAGUUAGCCUUUUUACCAAUUUAACACUAAGAGACUGGCAGCAAUAAGGGACAACUCUGGCCACUUGUUCCCUUUAACUUUUAUUUCAUUCUUAAAUGUUUUCUCGGAGCAAUUUGAGAUCUUCUUAUUUUUUUACAUAUCUUUGUGAGACUAAAGAUUGAAAAAGCAAAAUCAAGAUCCGGUAAAAUUUGUGAAAACUCGACAGUUGAAUGCUAUUCAUUUGUGAUCAAUUUUUAAACUUUUCGUUUCAAUAGUGCCUCUAUGUCAACUUUAUACAUGAUUUCCAUUCCCCCCCUUUUUUUGCAUGUGAUGAGCAAAUGUGUGAGUGAUAUGAAGAAUGAAUAUUUUAUUUGUAUGGAUGAAUAUGAUAAAUUGUCGAUAAAUCAAGUA